AUGUGUCCUUCUGAGGUCCCGUCUAAUGAGUACAUCUCCAUUGUUCUUCCUGAGCUUGUUCCAUCUUCUCCCCUUGCUUCACCUCUGGCUGCUUUUCCUCCUUUGGUUUCUUCUCCUCAUUCAUUGUUAGUUUAUUCUCGUCGUAAGGCUCGUCCUCCACCGGUUGUCUCUGCCCUUGCUACUGAUCCUUCUGCUUCUGAAGACUUUGAUCCUGUUGCACACCGAUAUCUUACUCAAGCGCAUCACCCUCCAAACAAAUUGGGUUUUUCCCAGGAGUAUGAUAUUGAUUAUAAGGAGACCUGUGCUCCUGUUGCCAAGAUGACUAUUGUUCGUACUUUGUUCUCUGUUGCUGUUGUUUGUUCCUGGCCUCUUUAUCAGAUGGAUGUUAAGAAUGCCUUUCUUAAUGAUCAUCUCACCGAGGAGGUUUACAUGCGUUCUUCCCUUGGCCUUCACUAUUCCUCUGGACAGGUUUGUUGCCUUUGGUGUGCUCUGUAUGGUCUGAAACAGAUCAGACUACUGUUACUGAGUUUGGAUCUCAUCCUGGAUCCAAGUGUCCAGGACUCUACUUUAUUUCUUCUCCACACUUCUGCUGGAUUUGUUGCGUUAUUACUCUAUGUGGAUGAUAUGAUCAUCACUGGUUUUGACUCUUCUGCUAUAUCUGAGAUCAAGCAGCAUCUUUUCCGCACCUUUGAAAUGAAGGAUCUGGGCCCAUUGUGGUAUUUCCUUGGUAUUGAGGUAGUUUUUUCUCCCAAGGGCUACUUUUUGUCUCGGGUAAAGUAUGCCAAUGAGGUUAUUCAUUGUGCCGGUCUUACUGACACUAAGAUUUCUGAUACCCCUAUUGAGUUUAAUGUCAAGCUCAACACUACUAAUGGUGUUCUUCUGGAUGAUCCUACUCUAUAUCGAGAGCUCGUGAGUUGCUUAGUCUAUCUAACGGUUACUCGUCCUGAUCUUGCCUAUGCUGUUCAUGUGGUUAGCCAGUUUGUCUUUGCUCCUCGCUCUCCACAUUGGGCUGCAUUGGUUCAGAUUCUUCACUAUCUCCGGGGUAUUAUCUUUCAGGAUUUACUGUUGUUUUCUACUUCCUCUUUGGACUUGGUAGCUUAUGCUAAUUCUAAUUGGGUUGGUGGUGUCACUCAUCGCAAGUCCAUUUCUGGCUUCUACAUAUUUCUUGGUGAUUCCUUGAUUUCUUGGAAGAGCAAGAAACAGACUGCUGUUGCGCGUUCCACUGUCGAGGCUGAGUACCGUGCUAUAGCUCAUGCCACUGCUGAGAUUGUUUGGCUUCGCUGUCUCUUGACUAAUUUAGAUGUCCCUCAGUCUUUUCUGACCUCCCUUUAUUGUGACAAUCGCAGUGCUAUUCAGAUUGCACAUGACACUGUCUUUCAUGAGCGGACAAAGCACAUUGAGAUUGAUUGUCAUUUUUUCUUAUUCAGAAAGCUUACAGGUGUAACUAUUAGACCUACAGAAUCCAAAGGAACUGAGGCCGACGUUGCUAAAUGGGAUAAGGAAAAUUAUGAACUUGAGAUCUCUAUUCGCGGUGUUAGUCAGAAAGAUAAGUCCAUUCAGGAGUUCUACUAUGAGAUGACUACUUAUUGGGAUCAGCUUGCUUUAAUGGAACCAUCAGAUUUGCAAUUACUUGACAGUUAUACCAAGUAUCGGGAGAAGCAACGCCUUGUUCAGUUUCUUAUGGCCCUUUGUGAUCAAUUUGAGCCACUUCGGGGAGCUAUUCUUCAUCGGUCCCCCGUGUCUUCUGUUGAUGGUGCUGUCCGUAAGCCUAUUGUAGAAGAAACUCGGUUCAAGGUGGCUCAUGGAUCAGUCUUUUGGGGAGAAGCUGUGCUCACUGCUGCAUAUCUUCUCAAUCGGAUGCCUACUCCUAUUCUCUCAGGCUCAUCUCCAUAUGAGCGUCUUUUUGGUGUUACUCCCAAUUAUUCUCUUCUUCGUGGUAUGGCAUUAUUCAGAAAGGUUAUCGGUGCUAUGAUCCUGCCACCAGAAAGCUAUGUGUCUAGAAUGGUACAAAGUUCGUUUGGUUGCCCAAGGCUUUUCUCAGGAUAUGGGAUUGAUUACAAUGAGACUUUUGCCCCCGUUGCCAAGAUGAUUACUGUUCACACUCUUAUCUUUGUUGCUGUUGCCCAUCAUUGGCCUUUGUUUCAACUAGAUGUCAAAAAUGCUGUCAAAAAUGCUUUUCUGAAUGGGCAUCUUGCUGAAGAAGUGUAUAUACGCCCUCUAUCGGGUCUCUCUCACCCUUCUGGUAUUCUUGGCUUUCGCCCUAGUCAUCAUGAUUGUACUCUCUUUGUUUGGCGCACUUCUGUUGGCCUUGUUCUCCUUCUCUUAUAUGUGGAUGGUAUGAUCAUCACUGUCUCUGAUUGUAGUACUAUUGAGGAGGUUAAGCAUCAGUUGUUCAAGGAGUUUGAGAUGAAGGAUUUGGUGUCUCUUCGGUGUUUUCUUGGUAUUGAGGUUGCUACUUGUCCUAUUGGAUAUCUUCUCUCUCAGACUAAAUAUGCCUGUGAUAUUCUUUCUCGUGCCAAUCUCACUGAUGACAAAAUUGCCACCUUUCUCCGUACUCUGCGCUACCUACGUGGCACUCUGUUGCAAUGUCUGCUGUUCUCUGCCUCUUCGAACUUGACUCUCCGUGCCUAUGUUGAUGCUGAUUGGGCAGGUGACAUCUCUGAUCGCAAAUCCACUUUUGGUCUUUGUGUUUUCCUCGAAGAUUCUCUCAUAUCUUGGAAGAGUAAGAAACAAUCUGUUGUUGCUCGUUCCACUGCUGAGGCUGAGUAUUGUGCCAUGACUCAUGCUAUUUCCGAGAUCGUUUGGCUUCGGUGGCUUCUUUUUGAUAUGGGUCUCUUUUUCUGA